AUGUCACACGCUCCACUGCGUUUAGCAUUCUCCGUUGCGCGCCCCUUGCGGCGACCGCAAGACCCUACGUUGUUCCUCCGCGCCUGUCGAAGCAUCUCCAACUCUUCGCCUCUACGGGCAGUACCUCACUCGACUACUGUUCCUGCCAAAGCAAACACUUCUCGACCGGCUUUGUCGACUCCCCGGCACUUCUCAAGUACGACUACAAGAAGGGCUGUUGUCGUGGCCCAGAAUCCUAGAACGGACGACGAUGGACAUGAUAUGACCAUUGAGAUUACAGAGCGAGCAGCCAAGCGCCUCAAGCAAAUCACCAGCGCCCCUCCGCAGAAGAAUACGCUCACCCCCUCUGCUGCUUCUGACAGCUCGCAUUUGCGAGUGACGGUGACUGCCGGCGGAUGCCAUGGCUUUCAGUACUUGAUGUCACUGGAGGAUGCUUCCAAGAUUGAUCAAGAGGAGGACACAGUGUUCGUGAGCGAGGAAGCUGAUGGCCCUGGAAAGGCGGAGGUUGUCAUGGACCAGGCUUCGCUGGAAUUGCUGAAGGGAAGCACGGUCGACUUCACCACCGAAUUGAUCGGCAGCCAAUUCAAGAUUGUUGGGAAUCCGAGGGCGACGAGCAGUUGCGGCUGCGGGACCAGUUUCGACAUCGAGUGA